UGUUGACGAGGCGACGUCCGUUACAUACAACUGGCGCUCCAGGCUCCGCAGUUGCCCUCAGUAAUUCACACACUCGUGACUGGCUGCGAUCCGCACACGCAAAUGUUUAAACGCGCACGCGCAAACAGCGCGAUGCAGUGAUUUUGGAAGUGCAAAUAUAACUAUUUGUUUUGAAAAGUAAAUUUUAAUUGACAUAAUAUAUAUAUCUGACAACAUGGCGAUAGUGGCAAUAAAAUUUUUUGAUAUAGUUCCUGUAAGGUUCAACUUAUGGGUAAUGUUGUUUACAAGUUGCUGGGUAGUGUAUAUGCUACGAGUCAACAUGAGUCUCAAUAUCAUCGCCAUGGUGCCGCAGACAAAAAAUAAUUCCUCAUUGCGAUCACAAUGCGAGCCGCGAGAUGAACUGUCAAAUGAAACUCUUUACCACGUUGAUAUUGCUGACGUCAGAGAGGCACCUAGACUGGUACCUGGUGGUGGUUCGUUUGAAUGGUCAGCAGAUCAGCAAGCCCUUAUUCUUGGUGCUUACUUCUGGUGUUAUCCGGUGACAUCUUUGGUGGGAGGCAUGGCGGCUGAGCGCUGGGGACCUCGUUACGUAGUCCUGUUAAGCUCUAUAGCGAGUGCGAUCCUUACUAUGCUCUCUCCUCUGGCAGCACGAAUUAGUUAUGUGGGUUUAGUGGUCGUUAGAUUUUUCCUUGGAUUUGCUGGAGGCUUUAUUUAUCCUUCACUGCAUGUAUUGGUAGCAAGAUGGGCACCGCCAGCCGAAAAGGGAAAGUUUGUGAGCGCUAUGAUGGGAGGAACAUUGGGAACUGUUGUUACUUGGUCAUUGACUGGACCUCUAAUGGAAAAGUUCGGGUGGGCUUCAGCUUUUUAUGUGCCAGCGGCCCUGACAAUUAUCUGGUGUAUUUUCUGGUGGUACCUCGUCGCCGACACACCUACAGAUCACCCUAGGAUCACGGAUGCAGAGAGGAAAUAUAUUUUAGAAGCACUCGGCGACAAGGUCAAGAAAUCAAAGGGAUUACCACCAUUCAAGAAUAUUAUAACUUCAUUUCCGUUUCUCGCUAUGGUGGUUUUACACUAUGGAAAUCUUUGGGGUUUAUAUUUUAUAAUGACCGUUGGACCGAAAUUCGUAUCAAGCGUGUUGGGCUUUGAAUUAUCGGCUGCUGGCGUAAUAUCUGCAUUGCCUUAUCUCGCAAGACUGUUUCUGGCUACCAUAUUUGGUGCUAUCGGAGACUGCAUACUUGCUAAACGUUUCAUGACGACCACAACAAUCAGAAAAUUCUUUUGUUUAUUCUCACAUAUAAUUCCUGGGAUUUUAUUGGUGUUACUUGUAUAUGCUGGUUGUUCGACAAUAUUGUCAGUGACGUUGAUCACAUUGUCUAUGGGUUUUAACGGCGCUGCGACUCUUACAAACUUGCAAAAUCACCAAGAUCUUGCGCCGAACUACGCUGGAACUCUCUACGGAGUUGCUAAUUUCGUGGGAAGCACAGCUGGAUUCUUUACACCGAUGAUAACUGCAUAUUUCACUAGAAAUGGGAAUACUUUCGAGCAAUGGCGUCCUGUCUUCUUUGUCGGCGCGUCGGUCUAUGUGGUUUCAGCUAUAUUCUUCAUAUUAUUUGGUACUGGAAAUAUUCAACCUUGGAAUUUUGGAAAGGAAGACAACGAGAUCAAGGAAGACAAAGAAAAAAAUAAUGCCCUCAAAGAGAUGAACGAACCACAAGAAAGAAAAGGUGACGCAAAAGAAAUAAAAGAAACUUCAUUAAAUGUCGCCAGCUAGAUAAUAACAACUUUAUAGGACUUGUGAUAUUAAUUCAGUUCAAUUUAAAUAGAUAAUAGUAAUUAUUCCUGAUUAGCUGCGGUGUGAAAUUGUUAGUUUUGAAUUAUUAAUUGUGUUAAAAUUUUGACCUUGUAGUUACGUUACAAAUGUGUGAUUAUUUGACGAUAAUAUUUAAAUAUAUCCGAAUUUUUGGUCACUUUAUUUUGAUGUGAUAAGAUAGACAUGUCAGUGAGAUUUUAGGUAGUGUAAUAAAGUUAUCAUUACUUAGCCAACAUAGUUUCUUGCUGCAUUGUUAUGUAUGUGUGUACUUUUGUUAUUAAAUUCUAACAACUUGUUCGUAUAUAAUUAUUACAUAUUUGUUGGUACCAAAUGGAAAUGUCCAAACUGCGUAUGAAAAUCUAAUCUAAGUAUUUAGCCUUGAUUAAUGUCUAUUCAUUUACUACAAUAAGCUAAAUCAAAUGAUUUAAAUUAGCGACAUUUUUUGAGUAUGCUGAAGGUUUUUACGUUGUAUUAUGUUCAAUGUAUUAUUACAAAUCUGUAAAGUUUUGAUAGCUUAAGAUUUUACCAUGAUGACUUUUUGAAUUUGAGUUUGGAACUCUUUCGAGCAGUAUUAACCAUAAAAAUAUUUUACAUAAGUAUAUGUCUUAAUAUUUCUAAACGUUUAUGUAAACUAUUUGUUUGGGAAGAUUGUUUACUGCAAAUCGGAGAAGUAAAAGUAAAAAAGAAAUUUUAAAUAUAAUCAUUUGAGCUUUUGUACUCUUCUCAAUAGGUUUCUGAAUUGAUUUUUUAGACGUUAGUGUUUGAAGUAUUUCUACUAAUUCUCCAAUUUGUUUUAUUUACUAGUAAACAAUUAAAGCAUUUAAUUAUUGUUUUAGUAUUAUAAUAGUAAUUUAAAUCCAAAUGGAAUACAUGAUCUGUUAAAGUUAAAUGUUGACUUCACGUAUUUAUAAAUAAUUAUAGUACCAGCACCAUUUGCUUUUGAUAUAUAAUUUUCCGCAAUUUCAUGCCACAUUGUACAUAUCUGCUGCCAAUUUCUUUGAUUCAUUUUUAAAUGUUUUAUUAUAUCUUAAAGAGAUGAUGUACCUUUUUUCAUACGUAUUUACUUAAUUUAAUAUUAAUUAUACUAUUAUAACGAAUUAAAUUGAUUAUAAGGUAUUGAUGCUCGACUAUUUAUUGAUGAUCGGGGUGUUAUGACUUCCUUAUUUAGACUAUUUCUGAAUAUCACUAAAUUAAUGUACUAUAAUAAAUAUUUAUUGGUGUAAGAUCGUUUAAAAACCAUUCCAUCGAGGAGAAGGCCUCGAUCGUAAACUGAUAUAUGAUGUACUAAUUAACUCGAAUUUUUAUGAAGUAGUGAUAAUAUUAAAUUUUAAAAAUUAAGUAAAUGAGUUUUAAUUUAACCUUAUACCAAGAAUAAAGUAACUAACAAACAUCAGAUGUCGUUGGCAAUGAAUUAAAAUA